UGGGCCUUCCUCCUCCUCUUCUACCUCGUUUUCUAUGGGUUUCUAACUGCUAUGUUCACCCUCACCAUGUGGGUCAUGCUGCAGACUCUUUCAGACCAUGUUCCCACGUACCAGGACCAGCUUACCACACCAGGCCUGAUGAUUCGUCCCAAGACUGAGAACCUUGAGGUUUUGAUCAACCUCACUGACAACAGCUGGAAUCAGCAUGUGCAGAUACUUGAUCAAUUCCUGGAGCCCUACAAUGACUCAAUCCAGGCCCAGAAGAAUGAGGUCUGCCACCCAGGACAUUAUUAUGAACAACCAGAUAAUGGGGUUCUCAACUAUCCCAAGCGGGCUUGUCAGUUCAACAGGACACAGCUGGGUGACUGUUCAGGGAUUAGUGACCCUACCCACUAUGGCUACAGCACUGGCCAGCCCUGCAUCUUUAUCAAGAUGAAUCGGGUCAUCAACUUCUAUGCAGGAGCCAGUAAGAGUAUGAAUGUUACCUGUGCAGGAAAGAAGAAUGAGGAUGCCAAAAAUCUUGGUGACUUCACUAUGUUCCAUGCCAAUGGCAACAUUGACCUGAUGUAUUUUCCCUACUAUGGCAAGAAGUUCCAUGUCAAUUACACACAGCCUCUGGUGGCUGUGAAGUUCAUGAAUGUGACCCCCAACAUGGAAGUAAACGUUGAGUGCUGA